CAGCACUACGGCUCCUCUGGGCGGACGCUUCCAUUCUAACCACCGCCUCUCCUUCUCCAGCUACAGUGGGACAGAUUUCUGCCGUAGCAUUUUUUUUUUUUUUUUUUUUUUUUUUUACAUCUGAGCGCCAGUCCACCCUCUGGGACUCUAUCGGGACGGCGAGGCCGCGUCAAAGAAGUGCGAAGACGGCAUGGGAAGCCCCGUGUUACCCAGAAGAGCGAUGGUUUGGCCAAAAUAAUCCCGUCUUUCUGUCGCCAGAGAGGGAAACUUAAAACAAGUCCUGUUUUUGGAGUCCCACCGCCCCUCACUGCUCUCCCCGUAGGAUUUGAUUCAAAGGCGAAUCCAAGAUGGCUGCUGAUUCCGUGCAGGGGGAUGCCAGGGCCCAGCUGGUGGCAGAGCGACUGGGUCUUGGACAAAACCUGGACCUGUCUGAUACCAUGGUCCAGCAGAAGCUGGACGAAAUCAAGGAGCAGAUCCGUCGUGAGAUCCGCAAAGAGUUAAAGAUCAAAGAAGGUGCAGAGAACCUGCGCAAGGUCACCACAGACAAGAAGAGCCUGGCUUACGUGGACAAUAUGCUUAAAAAAUCUAACAAGAAGGUGGAGGAGCUCCACCAGGAGCUGCAAGAACUAAACGCUCAUAUAGUGGUCAAAGAUCCAGAAGAAUUAGCAGAGUGCCCUUUAACCCCCGAUACUCCAAGCAGUGAAGCGAGAACGUGCACAAGCAACAGCCGCCUGGCAGCUUUAAAACGGCAGAAUGACAUCGAACUGAAGGUGAAACAGGGAGCCGAGAACAUGAUUCAGAUGUACUCCAACGGCUCCUCCAAGGACCGCAAGUUACUGGCCGCCGCUCAGCAGAUGCUUCAGGACAGCAAGACGAAGAUAGAGUUCAUCAGAAUGCAGAUCCUGAAGGCCAGUCAAGCCACGGAGCUGAGCUUUGAGAGCAAUGACCUGAUGGCUGACAAGUCCAUCAUCAGUCCUCUGGACCUGCGGGUGGAGGAGCUGUGUCACCAUGCCAGGAUAGAGUCUGCAGUGGCAGAGGGAGCCAAGAACGUCAUGAAGCUGCUGGGCUCCGGAAAAGUCACAGAAAAGAAAGCUCACUCAGAGGCGCAGGCUCGCUUUACCGAGUCCAGCCAGAAGCUGGACCUGUUGCGUUACUCAUUAGAGGAGCGCCUUAGCGAGUUGCCAAAAAACCACCCUCGCAGCAGCGCCAUCGUAGAGGAGCUGUCUCUGCUGUCCUCCCCCGCCCUCAGCCCCAGGUCCAGCAUCAUCUCCACACAGAACCAGUACAGCACUGUCACCAAGCCCGCAGCGCUCACAGGCACGUUAGAUGUCAGACUCAUGGGCUGCCAGGACCUUCUGGAAAAUGUCCCCGGCCGUUCCAAGGCGGCCCCCAGCCCGCUGCCUGGCUGGAGCCCCAGCGAGACGCGCUCAUCUUUCAUUAGCCGAGCCAACAGGAACCGAGGCGUGAGCUCCAGGAACCUCACAAAGAGUGAGGAGCUCUCCAAUGAGAUCAGCGCCGUCCUGAAGCUGGACAACACAGUGGUCGGACAGACGAGCUGGAAGCCCGUCAGUAACCAGGCCUGGGACCAGAAGUUUACACUGGAGCUGGAUCGGUCUCGAGAGUUGGAGAUCUCUGUGUACUGGCGGGACUGGCGUUCCCUCUGCGCUGUCAAGUUCCUGAGGCUGGAGGACUUCCUGGACAACCAGCGUCAUGGAAUGUGUCUGUACCUGGAGCCACAGGGGAUGCUGUUUGCUGAGGUAACAUUUUUCAAUCCUGUUAUUGAGAGAAGACCAAAGCUGCAAAGACAAAAAAAGAUUUUCUCUAAACAACAAGGUAAGACCUUCCCACGAGCCCCCCAGAUGAACAUCAACAUCGCCACCUGGGGGCGGCUGGUGAGAAGAGCCAUACCCAAUCUCAGCACCAACUCUUUCAGCCCCCAAGCUCCUGAGAUGGGCCAUGGCAGCGUUCCUGGUUCCCCCACACCCAGCAGCGAUCCACUGGUGACCAAGCUGGAUUUCGACAAAGAACCCACACCAGGACCCAAACACUACGCAGCACCUGAUGAUGUCAGAGAACCACCUGUACAGAACAAGAUGCCCAACAAGCAGGAAGUGGAGGACGCACUGAGUGAAUUCAACUUCCUGAAUAAGAGAAUCAGCACGGUUCUGGAACCAGACGCUGACGGGGUUCUGGAGCCAGAGUUCCAGCAUCCCAACCUGGAGCUCACUUCCAUCCAGAAGGACUCAGAGAUAAGGGAAGAAGAGCAGUUCCACUUCAGUCUCCAAGAUUUUAAAUGUGUGGCUGUUCUUGGACGUGGUCACUUUGGAAAGGUGCUGUUAUCAGAAUACAAAAGCACAGGCGAGAUGUUUGCCAUUAAAGCUUUGAAGAAAGGAGACAUUGUGGCUCGAGAUGAGGUGGACAGUCUGAUGUGUGAGAAGAGGAUUUUUGAGACGGUCAACAGCGUCCGCCACCCCUUCCUGGUCAACUUGUUUGCGUGUUUCCAGACGUCGGAGCACGUCUGCUUUGUAAUGGAGUACGCAGCGGGAGGCGACCUGAUGAUGCACAUCCACGCCGACGUGUUCUCUGAGCCCCGGGCCGUAUUUUAUGCAGCGUGUGUCGUUCUGGGAUUACAGUUUUUACACGACCACAAGAUAGUGUACAGAGACCUGAAGCUGGACAACCUGCUUCUGGACACAGAGGGAUAUGUGAAGAUCGCUGACUUUGGCCUUUGCAAAGAAGGAAUGGGCUUCAGGGAUCGCACCAGCACCUUCUGCGGCACGCCGGAGUUCCUGGCCCCUGAGGUUUUAACGGAGACGUCGUACACCCGCGCCGUGGACUGGUGGGGGCUGGGCGUGCUCAUCUUCGAGAUGCUGGUGGGAGAGUCACCGUUUCCCGGCGAUGACGAGGAGGAGGUGUUCGACAGCAUCGUGAACGAUGAAGUCCGCUAUCCACGCUUCCUCUCCACCGAGGCCAUCUCCAUCAUGAGGAGGCUUUUGAGGAGGAGCCCGGAGCGCCGUCUGGGAGCAGGAGAAAGAGAUGCAGAGGAAGUUAAGAAACAUCUAUUCUUCAGGAACUUGGACUGGGACGGUUUGCUGGCCAAGAAGGUGAAGCCGCCGUUCGUGCCGACCAUCCAGGGUGCCAACGACGUCAGCAACUUCGACGAUGAAUUUACCUCAGAGGCUCCGAUUUUAACCCCCCCCAGAGAACCCCGAGUCCUGAGCUCCGAGGAGCAGAACCUGUUUUCUGACUUUGAUUACAUCGCUGACUGGUGUUAGCUCCACCUUCAAAGACACACACACACACACACACACACACACACACACACACACACACUGUGAACUAAACAGCUCAGUGAUGACUGGAGCUCACUUUUUAUAAACAAUCUUUUCUUCCUUCCUCCCUGCCCAAAAUGUUGAGAGAACAAACUGUGCCAUUGAGAAGAAAAUCUAGAUGACCUCUACAAGGACCUCAGAUGUUUUGUUUGUUUGUUUUUUAAUCCAGAUGAGAUUGUUGUUGUUUUCUUUUAAUUGAAUGGAAUUGUGUUGGAUGGAAAAUGGAGGGAGAUCCUGCACAGAUCGCCGCCGUGUCCGUUGACUGACCACUGAGAAUGUUUUCCAUACGGACUGAGAAGACGGCACCAUUACAAUCACAUUAUUCGGUGUUGCUGUCUUCAGAUUUUUUAAAAGAAAAAAAAAAUGUGUACAGAUUAUAUUCAGUCACAUAUUUGAUGUGUAUUGAUGUGUAUCCCUCAGCUUGGAUCAUUUCUGGACCUGGUGUUCAGUGAAGGCUUGGUCACUGAACGGUCAGCUACAGCUAACAUCUUGACUACUACAGCAGUUUCCUGACUUGAAAAAAAAAAAA